AUGAACAUGAUAAUGACUUCACGUGCCGAUGAGGACGCCUUCGCAGCAAGCAUUUUCAGUCCCUCUAACCAUCCCGCCCAGCAAAUUCAUCUCUCUUCACCCCCAUCAUCCUCGUCUUCGUUGUCUAGACAACCGAACAUCCCUCCCAACCCCGGUGAGGUCUCUCUCAAUCGACGUCUUCGCAACGGUCUAAAGUGUCCCACUUGCUCAAAGGUGUUCAGCAACUCCAGCGCCAUCGCCAAGCAUAAGCUGACGCAUAGCGAUGAGCGGAAGCACGUCUGCCAUGUCUGCAAGAAGGCCUUUAAGCGUCAAGAUCAUCUAAAGUCACCAGGUGCUUGCCAACGCUCCAUCGAAAUGAUCAUAACUAAGCAGGGCGCACAAGACUUGCCGCAGGGGCUGGGCAGCUUGCAGCAUAGGUGGUAUGAGCCGGGCUCAAUAGCAUCACUGCGGGAGUCGGCUCGUAUAGUCAAAUCUCUUGAUUACAACGGGCACAAUCCUGUUAUGGUAGACGAGAGCACCGCCAAUGUCAGUAUUAUAGUGGAAUGGCCUUGUUUCACUACUCCCUCUCUCCAUCUCCAUCUCGGCAGGAAUGGUCACAAGUUGACGCAUGCUUCGAAGAAGCCACAUGGAUGCCAGUUCUGCGACAAGUCCUACAGCGAUGCGCGUUCCCUGCGUCGGCACUACGAGAAUGCGCACCCCGAUGAGUACGAGUCCUGGUGCUUCCUCUCCCGAGCCGCUGAGGAAGGCGAGGCCAGCAUCGCCGAGGCCGUAGCCAAGAUGACACAGCUCUCCGCUGCUGUCGCUACCUCAUCCGCCUCUGCCUUCGUCCCUUCCACCAGCUCUAAUGGCAACAGCCUGGCACAACUCGUUGGUGCCAAAGUCACCAACGGCAGAAACUCGCCAUGGCUCUCCGCCGUCGCUGGCUCCAAUGGCGGAGGCAGUGAUGGCGGUGGUAGUGGAGCCAGCGGACGCGUCAGUCCCGCAAUUUCGGAGCGCCUCAAGGCGGUUCUAAUGGCUCUGCCACUGGAGGAGCCAAGAGUAGUCGCUUGCAGCCUCUGUCCGCGGCGCUUCAAGAACCAAUCCGCGUUGAAUGGACACAUGCGUCUCCAUGGGGGGUAUGGACUGAAUCACGCACCUGGUGUUACUGCCUCUGCUAAGGCCCAACCGCCACAGCCACCGCAACCACCUUCCCCAUCAUCGACACCCCUUGCUGCCUCAGCGACUGCAGCUAAGUUAAAGAAGCAUCAGCAGGAGCAGCAACAAGCACAGCAAUUGCCGUUGGGAGUUAGUGGUCGAUCGUUAAACGAGUCUCUUAUGUUGCUUCGUGAUCUUCCCGAAGCCAAAUCAGAAAGUUCAGCAAGUCUAUUUAAUUGGCCUUCCACGCCCACUACUACAGCUACUGUCGGUACCACGGUGGUGCCCUGUGUCUCCGCCACUGCUGCAACAUCCUCUCGAUCGGUGCGCCCUUGGUCUCAAUACGCCUCUACCGCCAAUCAGCAGCAGCCAACUCAAAGUCUCAGUCAACCUUCCUCGGGAGUCUACAAUCCAGCAAGGACGGAUCUUCCGCGUAAACACUCAGAACUGCAUUUCAACGAGUCCGAUGCUGUUCCUUCAACGGCUGUGCAUCGAGGUUCUGGAUUUCGCAAGCAUCCUUCAUCCACUACUUUUAGUGGGCCCUCGUCACCACAUAAGUUUCGAGCAGACCCAGCGGCUCACGAACACGCCUGGAUUGCACAUCAACCGACUCAACUACCACCACCCCCACCACCACCGCCCCCACAGUCGUUGCGUGGACGUAAGGAAAUGGAUCCUAUCUUCAACAACCUUCAACUGUUAGAUUCUGCCCCAACCGUUCUCCGUGAUCAAAGUAGGUACAUUUCCCGUAUGGCGCUACAGCAAUUCCAGCAUCAUAGCGGUAGUAACAGCAGUGGUGGUGGUGACUAUCCCGACUCCUCACUCACUAUGCUUGGUGCGGAGCAGUCGGUUUUCUUCCCCGGAGCCUCUUCCUCCCCUUAUCAUCAACGUGGCGACAGCGGCACGUCAACUUCGGGUGCGCCCCAACCGCACUACUCACCUAUAACCCCGGCUUCGGGGGGGUUCGGCGCUUCCUCCUCAGCCUCUUCAGCCUUCACCUUUCCUCCCACCGAUGCUCUUCUAGCCUCUGUGUCUACUGCUUCACCUCCAAUGCAGCCGCAACCACAACCGCAGCAGCAACAAUUUCUUUGCCCUUGUCCACCAAAGUCUACAUCCUUUGAAGAAACAAAUAAGUGGAUUUCCCAGGCCCCGGCUUCUGUUGAGUUGAUGCUCUCCCCGCCCUCAUCGAUUGCCCCGAUGGGUCCAUUUUCACCUCCACCACCACCACCUACACUAUCACAAGGGGUGCCGACUUAUCACGAGGCAUUGCCCUCCGGUCUCUACAUAUCGCUGCGAGAAGAGAAUAAACAGGAGGCUUCUGUGUCGACUCCUGUGUCCUCAUUAUCCCAUGGUAUCGGCUCAAAUCAGUUUGUGCUGCAAGAACAGCAACAGCAACAUCAGCCGUCUUUGUACGGGCAACGAUCUAGAGCACUCUGUGCUUACCCCGGUUAUGAUGAAUUGGUAAUGCGCCACCCGAUGACACCGCAGCACAACGCGCACGACGGUCAACCACGUGCUUACUCCUACAGCUCCACUUCGACUCAGGCGGCUUAUUCGGUGCCCCUGAUGCCUAGUCAAGAACGGGUUUUCUUCCCCGAUGAACUGGAUCCUCUGCUAGCAUCUCAGGAGGCGACGAAGGACAUUCGACGUCCGGUUACUCCGAUUCCCCAGCUUCUUCCACCGCCACCACCAUCACCGCAAUCUUCACAUCAAACACAGAAGCAGUGUUUUGAAUUGGGCUGCGUCCCGAUGCACAAGUCUGCACAAAUGGCAAGUGCAUCGGAAGAAGGCAAUGUUUUUAGAAAUCCUCAGCCACCACCACUUUUACCCCCUCCUCUUCCUACCCUUCCACUCCCACAAACUCCACCACUGUCUGCAUCAUCAUCAUCAGCCUCGGUGUUAAAGAAGGUCAAGCGGAAACCGGCUCCCAUUGUCAUUCCUUCGUUUACCCACCGAAUAAAUCCAUCUCGACUUCGUUCACCGCGUUUGUGGACUGUGAAUGGCCCCAGUGAUGGUUUAGGUGGCGGCGAAGCCAGUACGGCAUUGAUGGGAGCAGCAGGAUUGGGGACUCUGCUAGAACCGCCACCAUACACUCCACCUCCGAUGCUCUCGCCCAAUCGUCGCGGCUCGGGCCUCUUCUCAUCGAUCGCUCGCUUCAAACGCCUGCCGCGCACAGCUACUUCCCAACUUCGUGUUUCUACUACCACUGGAGCUGUCGGUACCUCUUCUUGUGCAACGACUGCCGCCAGAGUCCACAAGACCUCUGUUUUUGCUGCCUCGGUAGCAGUUCACAUCUCUCCACCUGGUCCGCCGAAAUCAGCGCCAGCUUUUGUCAAAAACUUGUUCGACAUUUCCUCCAGGACCUUGAGUAGUAGUGUUGUCGUUGACGAUGGGGCUCCACCAACAGUUGCCAUGCGUGCAAUGACACCAGAAUUGGCAGAAGAGGAAGGGUGCCGGGCUUCAAAACCGCUCUUUUUCGGGGACGAGGAUGAUGAACUCACCUCAAUGUUGUCUGUGGCGGAGGCUAGUGGUGGCGUGGCGGGCGGAAGGAAAGACACGCCUAAUACGGAGGAGGCGAGUACUCAUUCACCACACCGAACUGGCACCGCUACCACUAUUGCUGCCAUCAACGCAAAUGCCACUAAUAACCUCCCCCACUCUUCCUCAUCAUCCUCUUGUUGUUGUUGUUCCGAAGCCUCACCGGUGCGUCCCCGCGUGGACGAAGAUGAGGAAGAUGCGGACGAAUCUGAGGACGACAUUGUUGAAGACAUCGGUGUGCCCAGUAACUUUGAACCGAAAAUCAACGUUGGAACUGCCUAUCAGGCGGAGGUGCCAGAAUUCGUUGAUGUUGUCGGUGCUUACCAUGAUGAUACUCGUGUAUACGAUAUUCUUGUCUGGAAUCCAAAGAAUAUCGAUGAAAAUGAUCUUAAAACGAGGGAAUCUUUGGCCAACCUUAUGAAUUUGGCACGUUCCCCAGUGGUUAGGAACUGCGGUCUCAACAUGGAGUACACCUUCCAUUUGCUUUGCAAAUUCCAGGGCGAUUUCGAGAUGACGCUGCGUGCCCUGCUGCACGAGUCCUUCACCAUAUUUGAUCGGGUCUACUCCGAAACGGAGUACUGGACUACAGAAGAGAUUGAGAAAUUUCAGACUAGUCUUCGUCGUCACGACAAGGACUUUCAACAAGUUUCAGCCGAGCUCCGAGCCUAUGGAAUGAAUAAAUCGGUGAAAGCUUGCGUCGAAUUCUACUACGUCUGGAAACGAAUGAACACACCUCAUGAGGUCAAUCGCUACCGAGGUCGGGUGCAUCGCAAGAGUGUUCCAACACGCAGCGAGCGACCUGUACCCGAAGAGGCGGCUCAUCCACCCAUCAACCAGAUCUGUGACCUUACUGAUCUGGAAAACCCUUUCCAUCGAGCGCCAUUUGGCCUUGAAGUGCCCCCCGCCUUGGGUGUUGAGGGGGGUGUUGCGUCCUCGGUGUCGUACAAUUUGCGCAGGAAACACAUCGACCUCCCACCUCCUGUCAUUCGUGAGUUUGAAGAACAUGGUGCUCCUACGGCGCAUGAGCUAGAGACGACGACGGCGGUAGUGACAGUGGUGGAGGCGGCGAGGGAGGGGAGUGUGGAGGGGUUCCCCUGUCUGCUUUGGUUCUGCGCAUCUAUUAUACGCAGCUUCAGACGCCUGUGGAGGAUGGCUUCUGGUGUAAGGUGCUCCGACGAAUGUCUGGCUAAGUACAAUGAACUCAAAUUAAAGAAGAAUUGUCGGUAUAUUUUGUAUAAAAUCGAAGAACAGAAGGAAAUCAUCGUCGAUAAAAUAGGAGAGAGACGUUGCACAUUCGAUGAUUUCAAGGCUGAGCUUGAGAGCCUCGAAAAGUGCGCACGUUAUGCAGUUCUUGACUUUGAGCCAGAUAACAAUAAGUCGGAUCUACUACUUGUCUCAUGGAUUCCCGAUACUGCCUCUGUUCGCGAACGUAUGCUGUACGCGUCUUCUACUGACGCCUUGAAGUCACAACUCACUGGGUUUAAGAGUUUUGUUCAAGUUAAUGAAAAGGCUGAUUUAAAUGUGAAUUUCUUCAUGGAAUCCAUUCCAGGCUAUCGCAAAUAA